AUGAAAGUUCUUCUUACUGGUGGCUCGGGCUUUAUCGCAGCUCACUGCAUCGACCAUCUUCUGCAGCGUGGUCAUAGCAUCGUCUUCACAGUCCGCUCCGACGAGAAAGGUCAGAAGAUACUGAGCAACUACGCGGGUACGCCUUUCAAUAGACUCAGCUAUGUCAUCGUCAAGGACAUCGCCAAAGAGAAUGCAUUUGACGAAGCAGUCAAGUCUGAGCCACCAUUUGAUGCCGUGUUGCACACCGCCUCACCUUUUCAUCUGAACAUCACCGAUCCUAAAGAUCUUCUGGAUCCAGCCAUUAUCGGAACUGUUGGAUUGCUCCGCGCGGUGCAGGCAGCUGCACCUUCAGUCACGAGAGUCGUGAUCACGUCGUCGUUCGCAUCAAUGAUCCAUCCAAGUCAGCAUCCUGAGGCCUACGAUGAGACAAGCUGGAAUCCCAUCACUAUGGUAGAAGCCAAAUUGAACGCCGCCAAUGCCUACCGGGCGAGUAAGAAGUUUGCCGAAAAGGCUGCCUGGGACUUCAUCGCAAACGAAAAGCCCAACUUCGAUCUUGCCACGAUCAAUCCACCUUUGGUGCUUGGCCCGGUCAUUCAUUACCUCAGCUCCCUAGAUAGCAUCAAUACCUCGAACGAACGCAUUCGGAAUAUGAUUCAGGGCAAGUGUAAGGACGCUCUUCCACCCACUUUUGGAGUCUACUUGUGGGCAGAUGUUCGAGAUGUCGCUCUCGCGCACGUGAAAGCAGCGGAAGUCCCUGAAGCCGGUGGCAAGAGAUUUUUGAUUGCAGGUGAUACCUAUAUGACCAACGCGAAGAUCGCCCGCACCAUCAAGGAUAACUUUCCGGCUCUCGCAGAUCGACUUCCAGCCAAGUUGGACGAUGAUAUGCCAAAAGAUGUAUAUGGCUAUGACAGCUCAAGCAGUAAACAGGUGCUGAAGCUCGACUACCGAAAAUUCGAAAAUUGUGUCAUCGACACAGUCGAGUCUCUUCUUGCAGUCGGUGCCUGA